AUGUCUGCCAAGGCCGAAAAGAAACCCGCUUCCAAAGCUCCAGCUGAGAAAAAGCCAGCUGCCAAGAAGACCGCUUCCACGAUGGACGCUUCUAAGAAGAAGACCAAGGUGAGAAAGGAAACUUACUCCUCUUACAUCUACAAGGUUUUGAAACAAACACAUCCAGACACUGGUAUUUCCCAGAAGUCCAUGUCUAUCUUGAACUCUUUCGUGAACGAUAUCUUUGAAAGAAUCGCUACCGAAGCCUCUAAGUUGGCCGCUUACAAUAAAAAAUCCACCAUUUCCGCCCGAGAAAUUCAAACUGCCGUUAGAUUGAUUCUUCCAGGUGAAUUGGCUAAGCACGCAGUUUCUGAAGGUACCAGAGCGGUGACGAAAUACUCAUCUUCUACCCAGGCUUAG